AUGGGCACCGUGCUGUCCCUCUCCCCCGGGCCGCGCAAGCACGGCUACUACGACGACCGGCCGGGCUCGCUGAGCCACUACCCGAGCCUGAGCAGCCGCUCGCUGAACACGCAGAAGGACCGCGGCGGCAGCGGCGGCCUCAAGCGCGGCCACUCCAUCUUCCUGCCGGCGCUCACGUGGAAGCGGCUGGUGGCGUCCACGAAGAAGCGCGGCGGCGGCGGCGGGGCGAAGAAAGGAGGAUGCCCCGGCGGAGGGGCGGGCGGCGGCCCUCUGACGCUCAACAACAACAACAACCUCUACCACCACCAGAAGGACCCGGUGCUGCACAUGAACCGGGAGAACGUCAAGAAGUCGCUCUCGUGCGCCAACCUGUCCAGCUACGACGGCCCCGGCGGCCUGGGCCUGGGCAUGGGCGGCAUGGGCGGCAUGGGCCUCGGCCUGGGCUACGGCAAGACGCAGCUCUCCUCCGUCAAGAGGGUGUCGCCGGGCGUCGGCGUGGCCUCGCCCAAGCGCGUCGUCGUCCAGGCGUCCACCAGCGAGCUCCUGCGCUGCCUCGGCGAGUUCCUGUGCGGCCGCUGCUACCGGCUCAAGCACCUGUCGCCGGCCGACCCGGUGCUGUGGCUCCGCGCCGUGGACCGCUCGCUCCUCCUCCAGGGCUGGCAGGACCAGGCCUUCGUCACGCCGGCCAACGUGGUCUUCGUCUACAUGCUGUGCCGAGACGUGGUGGACGGCGACCUGGUGGCGUCCGAGCACGAGCUCCAGGCCAUCCUGCUCACCUGCCUCUACCUGUCCUACUCGUACAUGGGCAACGAGAUCUCGUACCCGCUCAAGCCCUUCCUGGUGGAGGCGGGCAAGGAGGCCUUCUGGGACCGCUGCCUGGCCAUCAUCGACGCCACCAGUGCCAAGAUGCUGCGCAUCAACGCCGACCCGCACUUCUUCACGCAGGUGUUCGCCGAGCUCAAGAGCGAGGGCGGCUGCGGCCCCCAGGACUACAACCGCGUGCUUGACCGGUGA